GCCUUACUCCUUACGAAGCUGAAUACGUCGUGAGAGAAGUUCACGAAAGAGUAUGUGGCACGCACAUCGGCGACAAAACUUUAGCUCGGAAACUCCUGAGGCAUGGGUAUUACUGGCCCACCAUGGUCGAGGACGCGCAGAGCUAUGUCAGAAAUGUCCGACCUGCCAGUUCAAUGCUGAUGAUAUACACAUGCCAGGGGAAAUGCUAUUGUCUCUCACGUCUCCCUGGCCCUUUGCUCAAUGGGGUGUCGACCUGCUCGGCCCUUUUAUCAAAGGCAAAGGAGGAUGCACUUUCUUGGUCGUUGCAGUGGAUUACUUCACUAAGUGGAUAGAAGCUAAACCGCUGUCCACGACAACAAAAAGGAAAAUAGAAGAAUUCUUGUUCAAUUCAAUAUUGUGCAGGUUCGGCGUACCUAAGCGGAUCAUCGCCGACAAUGGGCCGCAGUUCCAAGUAGCAGCACUAAGAUCGUUUUGUAACGAUUAUGGCAUUGAGCUCGCCUUGACGUCCGUGUAUACUCCACAGUCCAACGGACAAGCCGAGUCUGCCAAUAAAAUCAUCUUGCGAGGCCACAAGACGCGCGUUUUGGCUGCACAUUCUAGUUGGGUUGACGAGCUCAACAAAGUGCUUUGUUCAUGUCGUACUACUCCCAGCUCGGCCACGGGUGAAACCCCCUUUAACCUGGCCUAUGGAGCUGAGGCCGUCAUCCCGGUAGAGGUGGGAUUGCCAUCUGAUCAAGCAAGCUAGCAUGACGAUCUCAACAAUGAGCAACUGUUGAGAGAAAACCUAGACUUCGUGGAAGUGGUCAAGGAGAUGUCUAGAAUAAGAAACAUGGCGCAUCAAAGUCGUGUUGCAAAGUUUUACAAUAAAAGAGUUCGAGCUCG